CGUCGCCCUGGGAAAAGAGCCGCCGUGUUUAAACCGUGCAUCGUGUAUAAGAGAGACGUGAGAGAGAGAGAGAGAGAGAAAGGAAGCAAACGCCUUCGCGAGAUAUUCCUCUCGAGCUUGCUUCCGUUUCGAUUUCGAAUGGGAGAGACACGAAACAUCUUGUAAAUGGGUCGUAAUACGGAAUGCCGAGAGAAGGACUAGAAGCUAGUCUCUUAGAUGGGAUCGAGUACAUCGUAUGAAAUGUCAUCGAUACGAUCGUUCCUCCUCUUACUCUUCAGUCAUUCCGCGUCCUCUCUCUCCUCAUUCUCGUUCAGAGAUAAAGUCGAUAAAACGAAAUCGAUUCCUGUAUACGUUCGUGACGAUAAAAUCGAUACAAAUUUACUUUACUAACGGUACGAUUGUCAUGAAACUUUGCGUUUGAGCUCCACUCGAUUCUUUUCGAUCGGAAGUAUCGUACGCGGUAGUAAAAAUAACGAUAUAAAUCGUGAGAAUCGUCCAACAGAUUCUUCCAAAAGUUCAGUUUAAUAGAUAAAAAUUGUAAGGGUAGAGAGAGAGAGAGAGGAGAGCGUGACGUUAAAGACCCGACAUAAUGACGAGUGCACGGAGUAUGACGUCAAAUGCAAUUAGGGGUAUCCGAAGGAAAAAGAGUUCGCUGUGCGAAGUAAAGGUGGCCGUUAUCGGAGCGCCCGGAGUUGGAAAAAGCGCGCUGACGGUGAGGUUCCUAACGAGGCGGUAUAUCGGAGAAUACGAUCACCAAUCUGAAAAUAGAUACAAGCACGAAGUGCUGGUGGAUGGAGAACCAAUUCUUUUUGAGAUCUUGGACUCUUGUCCGAAGAGCGACGACGAAAUGCCGUCGAUGGAAACUUUGCAGUGGGCGGACGGCCUCCUCCUCGUUUAUUCGAUAACAGAUCGAACUUCUUUCAAUUUCGUGAGAAAAGCGAAAGAAGCUUUGGCGGUGGCUGAUCCGGAGGCUGCGAUGCCUCUUGCCAUGGUUGGAAACAAAGCCGACAUGGUUCAUCUAAGACAGGUCAGCGCGGAAGAAGGGGAGAUCUUGGCUAAAGACUUUGAAUGUUGGUUCAGCGAAAUUAGCGCGGCAGAACAGGUCGUCCAAGUAGCCGAAUCGUUUCACGAAUUGUGUCGCGAGGUUCUCGCUGCCAGACGAAGGAACAAGCAGUCUUUGCUCGACAGAAUGCUCGGUAGCAAGGCAACGAGGACAUAUUCCAGGGGUAAAAGCGACUCCGCAUUACCCAAGGAUUAAUAAAUACUUUAUCUUAAUAGGAUAGGAUUUUCUUCGUUGAUUGCGCAGAAUCGAGCGACCGAGAGAGAGAGAGAGAGAGAGAGAGAGAGAGAGAGAGAGAGAGAGAGAGAGAGAGAGAGAGAGAGAGAGAUUCCCAGAAACGAAAGAAGACUCGUUGCGUACGAGUCGAAACGCCAAAGAUUGUAUCAUACUGUUAAUAUUUUUUAUCCAAUACCAUGUACUACGUAGAACUCCAUCGUGCACAAGUUUUAAUAACAUACGCUUAUAAAGAGAGUUAUCUUUUUCCAAUGGAUGAAAAACUUUGUGAUUCGUUUUAACACUUUGAGGGCCAAACAUUUCACUAAAAAUUUAGUAGCAGUAGUCGAAACCGCAGUUCUCGCCGAGUUCUUCGUUUUCUUUCUUGAGACAAAAAGUUGCAUACUUCUCCAUAGCUGAUUAUUUUACCGAACGUUGAGCAAUAGUCUCGGCGGAAAACAUCGCUUUCCUAAAGUGCGUUGUCAACGAAUUAUUGGUACACGAUUAAAGCAAAAAUAGGGAUAAAGCCGAUUAAAAUAGGCUGCCAGUCGGUAAGCGCUACCGAGAAACAACGCCUAUCGAAGUGUUAAUAAAUUCACGACUUUAGAAAUCAUCGAUCGAACUACUCGUUCAUAAUUACGAUUCGAUGCAAGGCUGAUGAUAUUAAGCACGGACGAACACAAUAAAUUUUGGCAAGAGUCAAAGCUAUAACGAUCGAUUUAUAGGUAUUUAUUUUGUACUUACAAUAAGAAAAUGUGAAAUAAAUAUUUUACUUAUUUAUUAUAGUA